AUGACGAAGGCGGCGGAUAGGGACGGCGAGGCCGGCGGGGACAGGGAGAGGAAGAAGACGCUGGGGCGGCAGAAGAUCGAGAUCAAGCCCAUCAAGUGCACCGAGGCGCGGCACGUGUGCUUCUCCAAGCGCCGCAGCGGCCUCUUUAAGAAGGCCACCGAGCUCUCCGUGCUCUGCGGCGCGCACGUCGCCGUCGUCGUGUUCUCCCCCGCCGGGAAGCCCUUCUCGUAUGGCCACCCCUCCGUGGACACCGUCGUCGAACGCUUCCUCGACCCCGCCUCCUCCUCCACCACCGCCGCCGCCGACGCGACGCACCCACCAAUCCUGUACGAUUUCGAUAGCGAGAGGGACCGCCUGGCCCAGGCCGUCGAGGCGGAGGCGCGCAGGAGGGAGGCCCUCGACGCGGCGGCGCGCGCAGCCGGCGUGUGGACCAACGAAGACGUGCAGCGCGCGGGGAUGGCGGACCUCGUCGCCAUGUUGGGCGCGCUCGAGCGGGUCCAGGCCGAGGCAGCGGAGCGCGCCCAGGAGAUCAUCGCCGAGGAGGCGAUGAUGCAUCACUCGACGACGGCCAACGACGUCUUCCACUACCUCGGCGCCGGCACGUUCACGGCUGACGGCGGGGUCAGCAACCAUCAGGCGGUCAUGGGCACGCAGACGAUGGUGGUGGGCAGCAACGUUGGCCAUGCGCCGCCUUUCGCUCCGAUGCUGCUGCCUUCUCAUCCGCCGCCUUUCAACCAUGGCUUCGACCACAACCUUAUAGCGGGCUAUGGCUACGACCUUGGAGAUGGCAGCGGCCAUGGCGCCGCAUAUGAAAUGGAAGGGCUUUACGGGACAACGACAUGCAACUUCUUUCAGUAG